AUGGACGACACCAAGUCUAUCACAGAGGCAGGCGCCCUUUUUGGCAAUCUGGUUGCUAGCCAGAAAGGCGCCUAUGCGGUUUCCUCGUCUUCUGAGCACUCUCUGCACUUGGCGACUUCCGACGACUGUGACGCCACCUCCAGCGCCUCCAGCGUUUCAGCACCCUCGACGCUCUGGUCAGACAAUUCCAAGGAGUCAUUGGAACGUAUGGCGGCCGAGGACCCCGACCUGCCGUUCUACUAUGGCCACCGCAUUGACUCGGAUGCGCAGUUUCAGCGCAUACUCGAGCACUACCUGACCAGGGAGGCGUUUAAGCAAGAGGUUGAGCGUAUCAACCAGAUUUUUAACGAUUUUGGCGCCGACCUACCUCCGGACCUCACACGCAACGCCCGCAAGGGUCUCACGCGCCGCCGGCACCAAAAGCUACUGGCGUUUGAGCGCCACUGCAGCGCCUACAAGGACAGAGACUGGCAGGUGGCAGCCCGCGAAACACCAGACAACUUGCGAGACGCGCGCCUCGCCGCAUACCAUAGCAAGGUCCUGCCCAAAAACUGUUGGGACGAGAUGGAGACCACGCCCUUCCCACCAGGCACCUGUGACUUGUCCGGCAAGGUUGACCGCCCUUUUCCCAGAAGUCUGACCAUGGCGCGGUAUCUCGACAGCAUGGCGCGCGAAGCCGUCGAGGCCGGUCUCGUCACGGCCUACGAGGUCAAGCUCGACCUCAGCCAGGACAAAGGCCAGGACAAGAACGAAGACGAGGGGGACGAGGAAGACAAACAGGCGGACUCGGGUGUCUCGCACUCUAACGCAGAGGAGUGCCGUUGCCACAGAGAAUUGGAUGACGCCAAAAAUACAGCCAAUGCGUCGGAGGCUUUAAAACAGUAUCGUGGCGAGGCGGAGGAGGCUGCCCAGUUCCCUUUCUUUGUUCAGAACUGGAUUCGCUCGAGACCGAGGGUCUACCCAAGGGUCUACUAA